AACGUCAGCGCCGGCAAACGAAGCCGAACUGCAACUAUACAGAGUUAUGCAACGCGCCAGCCUUCUCGCCUAUUAUGACACCCUAUUAGAAAUGGGAGGCGAUGAUGUUCAACAGCUCUGCGACGCCGGCGAAGAAGAAUUCCUAGAAAUAAUGGCAUUAGUAGGCAUGGCAUCAAAACCCCUCCACGUCAGGAGGCUCCAAAAAGCCCUUCAAGAAUGGGUGAACAACCCAGCGUUAUUCCAAAUUCCCAUCGUCCCAAACCUGUGUCCUUCAGAAAACCCUUUUAUGCCUUGUAACCAAAGAUUAUUAAGUAUCCCACCCAAUAUCCCUAAUUUAUCCCGAACAGUAGCAUCACCCGAUAAUAACCGACCUAUGUACAGUCCUUCACCGGGAGCCCCAGAAAAUUCUUGCAGUUCGAAUACCUCAGCUCCUAACGCAAGCCCUGUACAUAGUCAUAGUACGUUUACUAAAAUAGUCCUCCCCGUAUCCCCAGCACCUACCACCCCAGUUACUACUACAACUAGGUCCUUUUCCCCCCAAAGUGCCUGCCCCCCAGCUUCGUCUGGAUCUAGUCCGAGCUCAGUAACCUCACCUGUACAUUUAACACCAGUUUUACUAGAUAUUCAUGUACAGAAGUUGGCCGCUGCAGCGGAAAAGUUAAGCAAGCAUUUACCGCAGUUGGAACCAAAGCCACAGAAUACUAAAAAGAAGAUGUGCAAAGACUUGGAGUUGGUGAUGUUGAUGCCGGAGACGGAUCCGAGGAGAAUGGAGGAGAUAAGGAAGUAUGCGGCGAUAUAUGGACGUUUUGACUGUAAACGGAAACCAGAGAAACCGUUGACGUUGCAUGAGGUGAUGGUAAACGAAGCGGCAGCCCAAAUGUGUCGCUGUCUGCCCGCACUGCUGACGCGUAGGGACGAACUUUUCCCUCUGGCCAGGCAACUAGUGAGGCGAGCUGGUCUUCACUACUCCAAGCAUGGAUUACCUCCUACUGCCGCAAGCGAGGACCGCGACCGAGAUGAGGACGAGACUCCCAGUAAACGGGCGCGGCAGGAUGGAGAAGACGGGAAUGGCGUAAGAGCUAGUCCGGAAGCUGCAAGGAGUUCCAAUCACGGUUGGUGGGGCAUGAAGACCGAAAGCGAUGAUGCCGAUUCAAGAUGCUCCUACUCCAGUACUAGCACGCCACCACCCGAAACAGAAGAAUCUCGGCCACAAGUGGUAGCCGCGCGAGGUGACAGCAUAAUAGCUGUAGCUAACCCAGCGCUGCAACCACCUCACCACCACCCACCGCACCCUGCAAGAAACCACUCUAACUGACCACCAUCUAAGGAGCUGUACUUAAAAAAACACUUAUCUCGUGUUUGAUACAAGCUACCUUUGAAUAUUUAAUUAUUAUACAAUCAAUAUGACAUUGGACAGUAGAGGUUCUAUAGUCCGUUCAACUUCACUUGACACGCGGAAUGAAGCAUAACAAGAAGUCACCAGUGUUCCAUUCAACAACCCCAAAAAGGAGGGAAAUAAUGAUAAAAAAUAUUUUAUUUAAGGUCUAAAUAAUGUUAUAAAAGUGUGAAUAAUUUAGUAUAAACAACUUAUACAGCGGCUUAUAAAAUUUAACUGUGAAUAAUAAUUGAAAUCUUUUGAACAGAACACACUUUCUGUCCUUGCCAUUAGGGCUUCAAUACUUGUGCUGAAGUAAAAAUAAAAUUCCUUGUCUUAUUUGUCUGGUCUUUUAGCCCUUCUAAAACUUCUGGCAAUAUGGCUUAUCAAUUAAACUAAAAACUAGUGGAAGUUAAGGUGCAACCAACUCACGAGUCAA